AUGUAUGAGCAGAAGCAGAGCAAGGAUAUGAGCAGGGAGCAGGGAGCAUGGAUCAGGGAUCAGGGAGCAGGGAGCAACAACGAUGGAGCAAGCAUCGCAAGGAUCAAGGAGCUAGGAGAGCAAUCGAUGGAUCCGGAGGAGAUUCAUGCGGGGCAUUCCAGGGGAAGGGUCACUAGCAGGAAUUUUGAGCUUCAGAGAGUAACUGUGGCGUUGGAUUGGACACCGAACACAACACAUGCAGCUCUUCUCCUGGCUUCCAGCAAAGGCUUCUAUGCUCGGGAGAGCCUCGACGUUCGAUUCCUGUCUCCCUCAGAUCAUGGGGCCCCUAAGACGCCGUUGGAUGCGGUUGUGGCCGGAGCUGCUGAGGAUAUCCUCUGGAAACUGCUGCAGUCUGUCUCACAUGCUCGUUUAUGCAAGGUCAACAGUAUGAUCAGAAACGAUGGAGGAGGAGGAGGCAUCAUCGAAGUUUGUCCGGAGGAGAGAACAGAGACAGAGAUGAAUCUGCUUGAUGGAUCGGCUGACUGCGCGUGGAUGACAUGGGAGGUGCUGCGAGCAAGGAGGAGGGGAAGGAAGCUAAGGGAGUUCAGGAUGAAAGACUUUGGGGUUCCCUUUGGAUACAUGAAUCUUGUCAUCGUGAAGAGAGAACGGCUACAAGGGGAGGAGGGAACAAAAGUGACCUCAAAGUUUCUGAAAGCUUCAUCUGAAGCUGCUGAUUGGAUUCAUGCCAAUAUAAACGAGGCAGCACAAUCUCUAUGUGAUGGAAAUUUUCACUCAGAUCUGAGCAAUGUCGACUUUAAUCUCGAAAGUCUAUCAGCCUUGCAAUCUUUGUACACUGAAGGAGCAGGAGCAGGAGCAGGAGCAGGAGCAGGAGCAGGAAGAACAUGUGUCUGGGGCCAUAUGGAUGAGGGGAGAUGGAAUAGUUUCUGGGACUGGGCAAUGUCAGAUCCUAUCCGCGCUGUCCUCCCAGGAGCGGGAGAAGGAGCGGGAGCAGGAGCAGGAGCAGGAGCAGGAGCAGGAGCAGGAGCAGUGAAGCAGCCUGACCUUCUCUACACCAAUGAACUCUUGUAUCAUCGGCCCGGCAGGCUGUCGCAGACCUCAAAUUCCUCGUCCUUCUCGUUCACGAGACCAGCGACGACGCACGACCCGACGAAAGGAUGCAGGCAAGACGCAGCGGGGACGAGCGGAGAAGGAGCAGGAGGAGCGGCAGAGCGAGCAGGAGCAGAGGGAGGAGGGGGGGGAGGGGGAGGAGCAGCAGCAGGAUGCUGCUUCCCUCCUGAUCAAAUGUUCGAAACCGCAUGUGAAAAGAUCAUUCAGCUCAACAUCUCUGGAGUGUCGAAGUUGCAGGCCGAGAAGUUUGUCAGAUUGUGCGGGGGAGGGAUCGGCUCCAUGGUCUUGUCCAAGGGGAAGCAGUAA